UUGGGAGUUCAGUUUUUUGGUGAGCUCACACACCACUGUGUAAGGAACACAACAGAUCCUAAUGAAAUCACUAUAAACUCUUUGGCCAUCCCUGAUACAUUUUGCUCACCUGAAGCCAAUUCAGGCUAUCAAUGUCCACCGGGAAUGAAAUGCAUUAAACUUAAUUUAUCUAAAUACAUUAUGGGUUUUAAUGGUUUUGAAGAAUUUGCAACCAGUUUGUUCACUGUUUAUCAAGCUUCUUCUCAAGAAGGUUGGGUUUUUAUUAUGUACAGAGCCAUUGAUUCCUUACCUACCUGGAGAUCGGCCCUUUAUUUCAGCACAAUGAUUUUCUUCUUGGCUUGGCUUGUGAAGAAUGUGUUCAUAGCUGUUAUCACAGAGACAUUCAAUGAGAUAAGAGUUCAAUUUCAACAAAUGUGGGGUGUCAGGAAUCCUAUAACUAAAGGUAGCACCACACAGUUCUUCACUGGAGAUGACAAUGGAUGGAAAUUAGUUACUAUUGAUGAAAAUAAACAUUCUGGUAGCGCACCAGAGAUUUUUCAUAAAAUGUUGAGAUCCGCUUAUUUUAGGCUCAUUGUAAUGGGCGUGGUUUUAGCAAAUGGAAUUAUAACGGCUACUAUGAAUUUCAAGCAUGAUGAUAAUCCGCGAGAAUUCUUUUAUGAGAAAUACUAUUAUAUCGAGAUUGCCUUUACAAUAUUUUUGGACUUAGAGGCUCUUAUAAAAAUAUGGUGCUUGGGAUGGAAAGGUUACUUUAAACACUCAGUUCACAAAUUUGAAUUACUUUUAGCCAUUGGUACUUCAAUUCAUAUAAUACCACAGCUGUAUAUGUCAGGAUUUACAUACUUUCAAGUACUUCGUAUUGUACGUCUAAUAAAAGCAUCGCCGCUGUUGGAAGGAUUUGUUUACAAGAUUUUUGGUCCAGGAAAGAAAUUGGGAAGUCUCAUAAUAUUUACCAUGUGUUUGCUGAUCAUAAGUUCAUCUAUUUCAAUGCAACUCUUCUGCUUCCUUUGCGAGUUUACUAAAUUUGAGACAUUUCCUGAGGCUUUUAUGUCUAUGUUCCAAAUAUUAACCCAAGAAGCGUGGGUCGAAGUCAUGGACGAGACGAUGGUUCGAACAAGUCAGACCUUAACUCCUCUGGUUGCGAUAUACUUUAUAUUGUACCACCUGUUUGUAACACUGAUUGUGCUAUCACUUUUCGUAGCAGUUAUUUUGGAUAAUCUAGAACUCGAUGAGGACAUCAAGAAGUUAAAGCAACUGCGCUAUAGACAACAAAGUGCUGAAAUAAAAGAAAGCUUGCCGUUCCGUUUGAGGAUAUUUGAGAAGUUCCCCGAUAGUCCGCAGAUGACCAAAUUACACAAAGUACCAGGAGACUUUAAUUUACCAAAAGUCCGGGAGUCGUUUAUGCGCCAGUUUGUAUGUGAUCUUGACGUGGAGGAAGAGGUGGCGGGGGGCCCGGGGGCCGGGGGGGGGGGGGGGGCGAACCACCGGCGACAUCUCACGACGGGCUAUAGAGUACAUUGGAGUGGACAAGAUAGCCUUCCCAUAUAG